GAGGAUCGCUCGUUUUUGCCGCUAAUUUAGCGCUAAGUAAGUGUUCAGUCGGUCAGAAUUUACCGGUCGGUCCGCAAGGGUUAUACGACGAGUUAAGUUUUUUCGAAAAAUCGAAAAACAUGUUUGAUUUAGUGCGUUUUGGUGGUGUAGCCACCACGGUGGUUUUUACUCAGUUUUUGAAAGGUUAUGCCUAUAGUUUACAGAGUACAGAUUCUGAGAGUUUACAGACGUCCGCAGUAACUGAGACCACUGGUCACGAUAACUAUGAAAAGUAUUAUGUGGAAUACACGGAUUCUUAUGAUACUGACCAAUCAGUACCCAGCACCUGGUCGGUGGUAUGGUACAUAGCCUCCUUCACCGGCCUAAUCCUGUUCUUCCUCAUAGUCUCGUGUAGCGAGUGGUGCUGCAGGAGAAAUGCCCGAAGGAACUGCCAGAGGACGACCCUCCCGCAGGGAGGUACCUCCUCACAGAGGAUCAACGACACACCUCCACCUCCUUACGACAAUUUCGCCCCACCGAAAUACGAGGAGGUGCUCGGGAUGUGCAGUAGCGGAGAGAAGAGCAAAUAUGAUGUGUUUGUCGUGUCGGAGCAUACGUUAGGUACGAUAAUGAAAGAAGCGAGCAGAGAAGACGACCCUCCCUCCUACCAUUGCGCGAGCGUUCAACUAGCGAGACUGAGCGAACUGCCACGGGUGCAUCACGGACCAAUAAGCGGCGCGAGCAGGGUCACGUGACGCGAAUCCGACCAAUCGGGACGCGCCAGAGACUGAUUUAAAAUAACUGAUUUUUUCCAUUUAAACUUUAUCAGUUCCUAAGUGUGAUUGCGGCCGUAUGGAGUGAUUGAGUGAAAGAAGUUUAUGGUUCUAAUAUUGAUCGGCUUACUAUUAUGGAAUACUGUGAUGUUUCGUCCAAUAUCGAUUGUAAUUUUGGAAAUAUGCUUGUAAUUGUCUGGAAGUGCUUGUUGGUAUUUGAAAAUCUGCGAACAAGGAAACUUCGAAUAGUUGGAGUGCACCCGUAUAUAAAUUUUUCCUUUUAUAAAUACUUAAUUAUGCUAAAUGCUUACGCAAACGUUAAAAACAGGAUACUUUUCCUUAUAGGCGUCAGUAUUUACUUAAGCCUUAUAUGUAUAUGGUAAAAACACUCCUUUUUAAUAUUAUUUGGCUAAGAUAAGAGGCAAUUUUGGAAAAACACUUGAUAAAAAAAUGGCAAUCAAGCUAAAAUUAGAUACAGAAAGUCAUAAAUGUUUCCACAGUUUCGUGUGGAUUUUCAAUUACCAAGAGCUUCCGCCUAAUCAGAAUUGUAAACUUUUAAAAAUAUCUUAGACUGACCGAAGCCAGUGAUUUACGUGUAAAUAGUAUUAAAGUAGUUACCGCUGAAUUAAUUUGUGAUAUUUAAUAAGCUCGAAGGACCAAAACCUUGGUCCUUUACGAAUAUUUGGCCACAGGUUAAUUUCAGACAUAGUCUCCUCCUUGUUUGGUACAUAAGAAAUUUUACUGUGGCCAUACCUGUAUAUGAUUCUAUAUAGUAUUAGUAUGUGUGCCCGAGCCAGAAAACUGUAUGAAAGUUUCACGAAAAGAAAUUGUACGUGUACUGUCAAAGGCCAUAUAAUUCUUAUUUAUUGUACAAUGUUAUGUUUGGAUAGUACAAUUUUUAUAAAAUAAACGAUUUAAGAUGAAAUAAA